UGAUGGUGAUCUAGGCUGGGCAGAAGGAAAACUAUUUGGGAAAGAAUAAGAAUAUAAAAAUUUUAAGAAGUUAUAAAAGAGCAGGGAAGGAACCACUGUCUUUUCAAUUCUCUAAGGUGCCUCCCAAGGUGGGCCUUUGUUUAACUGGUCAAGGGGACAGUUAAGGAGAAGUGGCAGUAGAUAACAGCACAUUAUUUGCAGUUGAAGAAAUGAUUACAAGCAUUCAUAAUAUAGUUUUUUGGUCGUGGAAAAAGAAGAAGGUAUGAAGUUAAAGUAGGCCUGAAUUUGAAUGCUGAUCUUGAACACAGUACCUAACUUCCUGGAAUUCAUUUUCUUCAUCUAUAAAAUAAGGAUAAAAAGUAUUUACCUUACUGGUGAGGAUGAGAAAGACCACAGGAAAGUGCCUGGUGAAUAUUAAAUAAAUUACAGUUCUUCAAUUAAAACUAGCAUUAUUAAGAUCCUACUGUGGGCCUAGGCACUGAUAUUCUGUGAUUUUUGAUCCUCCUUAGCAGACUAUGGGGAAAGGAAAAUUAUAUUCAGAAAGGUGAUCAAGGAACACCUCAACUUUCCCAUCCCAGCUCAAAAGCAACUCCUCCUCCCCUGCUUCUCAUUCUGUCCCUCUGUCAGUCUGUCUCUCUGUUUCAUUCUCUCUCGUGCACACUCUCUCGUUCUCUCUCUCUCUCUCUCUCUCUCUCUCACACACACACACACACACACACACACACACACACAGAGGCAAGCCGCCUUCAUACUUAGUGUGAUCAGCUCCUUGGUUAGUGAAAAGUGGCUGCGUUCUCUUGGAAAGAUAAUUUUCAUUGGAAGAAGGCGGCAACAAUCUGAGUUGGGAAUUUUGUGAGGUAGGGAAGGAGGAGGGAAAGAGAGAUGGGAAUGACAACUAAGCAAAUAGUUCUAAUUUAGAGUAGAGCUUGGAGGGGCCAAUGUGUCUCUUGACAAUCUCUGAGGAAGAUAACUGAGCCCUGAGUUAAAGUUAUCAAGACUUGUGCCAAAGUCAGCUUCCCCCCUUUCAUCCCUGUGUCACUAGUUCAGGUUGGUAAAUUUCCCUUUCUAUGCCAUACACAGAAGGAAAAGUUAGAAAAUGAGGAUGUAUGAGUGUAGGACUUCUCUAUCCCAGAGAAUUUAGAGUAAAUUUUGGGGGGCUUUUCCUCUUCAUCAGUCUUUUAACCUGCACUCCUUACUUCUCCAACCCACUCCCCAAAUAAAAACUGGUAAGGAACUUAAAGGAUUUUCUUUAAAAUCAGUUCUAUAGCUAUUCAGUCGGAGUCGGCCACUUAACAGAUCAGUUUCUCCCCGCUUCCCAUCACCCUUAGCUUUCAGCUUAGAUUUGGCAGCGAAACUCUGGCCCUAAACUAUAGCCAGGAAGAUCUGUUUCUGUGUCUCCACCCACAACCCCAACCCCAACCCCAACCUCCGCCCUAAACAUUUCACAGGCUACUGAGCCGCGGAAAGCUGAGACUACCAAUUUGGGAUUUUGGGAUUCCCAGGAUAUCAGCUCAAGCAACUGAGAAGUCCACCCAGGGGUAAAUUCCACAGAUGGUUUCUUCUCUCUCCGGGAUCAGUGCUUUGACAUCUGGUUUAAUCAGAUCGUGCAGCCCCAGUAAUUAAGGGCAGAAAACAGCUGAGAAGGACUCUCAGAGCCCAAGAGUCCUUAGAAACUGCUUCUGCAAAACCAGCUCUGACAGGCGUGUAGCGACACAGCGCAGAUAAGCCAGGGGCAAACUUGAGUUUAGUUUGGAUCCUUGGGGCCCAGUCGGCACUUCUGAGAAUUCCUUUUAUUUUUUCAUAGCUCUAAAACUGGAUUUACCCAGAGGGAGAUGUAGAGUGGCAACUACAUCCAGUUGAAAAAAUAUAUACCUUUGCACUCACACAUUCCAUAGAUUCCUCACAAAUGGGGAUGAAACCUGGAAAGUCCAAGUUCAUCAUUAAAAUAAAGGACUCGCCACCAAAGUUUCCGUAGACACCAGCCCUAGCGCGUCUGGCCAGGAACACCUCCCCGCUUAGAACACCUACGCAUGCGCAAACUGCGGCCCCGCCUCCCCGUUGGACGCUCUCCGGGAGUGGCGGCGGUGAGCCGGUUGCGCAUGCGCCCUCAUUGCAUCAGCCAGUCGGACCGUGCCGGCUUCCGCGGCGUAGGAGAAGUUGGUGUUCGGUGCGGCGUUUCUCUUGCGAGUUUGGUGCAGCGCGCCCGGAGACUAAGAGAGGAAGGGGUAGAGUAAGUGCUCCCCUCGGCUGCUUGUGUCGGAGUUAGAGUAUUCCUUCUUGCCUCGCGGGUACCCAUAGGAACUGGACCCCGCCCCCUCCUCGGCCUAGAAUCCCCCCUUCCUCCUUCCUUGCCUCUUACCGGUGGGGACCCCCUCGAUCCUCCUUGUACAGGCAGUGAGCCCCUGCGAGGCCAUGAAGCUCGUGAGGAAGGACAUUGAGAAGGACAAUGCGGGCCAGGUAACCCUGGUCCCCGAGGAGCCCGAGGACAUGUGGCACACCUACAACCUGGUGCAGGUUGGUGACAGCCUGCGGGCCUCCACCAUCCGCAAAGUACAGACCGAGUCCUCCACGGGCAGCGUGGGAAGCAACCGGGUCCGCACGACCCUCACCCUUUGUGUGGAGGCCAUCGACUUCGACUCUCAAGCCUGCCAGCUGCGGGUCAGGGGGACCAAUAUCCAAGAGAAUGAGUAUGUCAAGAUGGGGGCUUACCACACCAUCGAGCUGGAGCCCAACCGCCAGUUCACCCUGGCCAAGAAGCAGUGGGACAGCGUGGUUCUGGAGCGCAUCGAGCAGGCCUGUGACCCAGCCUGGAGCGCUGAUGUGGCCGCCGUCGUCAUGCAGGAAGGCCUCGCCCAUGUCUGCUUAGUCACUCCUAGCAUGACCCUAACUCGAGCCAAGGUAGAGGUGAACAUCCCUAGGAAACGGAAAGGCAACUGCUCCCAGCAUGAUCGAGCCUUGGAGCGAUUCUAUGAACAGGUGGUCCAGGCUAUCCAGCGCCACAUACACUUUGAUAUUGUAAAGUGCAUCCUGGUGGCCAGCCCAGGCUUUGUGAGGGAGCAGUUCUGUGACUACAUGUUUCAGCAAGCAGUGAAGACAGACAACAAAGUGCUCCUGGAAAACCGGUCCAAAUUCCUUCAGGUACAUGCCUCCUCUGGACACAAAUAUUCUCUGAAAGAGGCCCUUUGUGACCCUACUGUAGCUAGUCGCCUUUCAGAUGCUAAAGCUGCUGGGGAAGUUAAAGCCUUGGAUGACUUCUAUAAAAUGUUACAGCAUGAGCCUGACCGAGCUUUUUAUGGACUCAAGCAGGUGGAGAAGGCCAAUGAGGCCAUGGCCAUUGACACCUUACUCAUCAGUGAUGAGCUCUUCAGGCACCAGGAUGUAGCUACACGGAGCCGGUAUGUAAGGCUGGUGGACAGUGUGAAAGAUAAUGCAGGCACUGUUAGGAUAUUCUCUAGUCUUCAUGUUUCUGGGGAACAGCUCAGCCAGUUGACUGGAGUAGCUGCCAUUCUCCGCUUCCCUGUCCCUGAACUCUCUGACCAAGAGGAUGAUUCCAGUUCCGAAGAGGAUUAAUGAUUGGGAUUUAUAAUUGAGACAACCUUGUGCCUCACUCCUUCACUGUGUUACAUUUCCUCAAAACUCUUUUGACAGAAAGCUGCAAGAGUGGCACUUUUUGAUUCAAACAGAUCCCUGUUUGGUCUGACGUGUUUGGUCACACUUUGUAUUUUGUGGUUGGCAGGACAUGUAUUCAGACUAAGAAAAUAAACUAAAAGAAAAUAA